AUGGCUGACAUCCUGGAACUCCGGACAGAUGGGAACUCUCUGCUGAAGGCGGUGUGGCUGCGGCGGCUCAGACUGACCAGGUUGCUGCUGGAGGGUGGGGCUUACAUUAAUGAGAGUAACGAGAGAGGAGAGACUCCUCUGAUGGUGGCAUGUAUGUCCUCACAUUCUGACCAGCAGAGCGUCAGCAAAGACAAACUGGUCAAAUACCUUCUGGAUAACCAGGCAGAUCCUAACAUCCAGGACAAGGCAGGCCGCACUGCCCUGAUGCACGCAUGCAUACACCGUGCUGGGCACGAGGUGGUGGAGCUGCUGCUGAGUAAUGGAGCUGACCCAAGCCUAGAAGAUCGCACUGGGGCCUCAGCUCUGGUCUACGCCAUCAAUGCAGAUGACAAGGAAACUCUCAAACUGCUACUAGACGCCUGCAAGGCCAAAGGCAAAGAGGUGAUUAUCAUCACUACAGACAAGUCCCCCUCAGGGACUAAAACCACCAAGCAGUACCUGAAUGUGCCCCCUUCCCCAGAGCUGGACAAUCGCUCCUUCUCCACAUUCUGUACCUCUCCAUCAGACAUUGAGGUGACGGCUGAGACAGAACAGCAGAACUCUGUCUUCAGCUUUCAAACCAAGAUGAAAAUGUCCAGUUCAACAGGGAAACCCUCAAAUGGUCCUAGUUCUCCAAGCCGACGGCCCACUAACCCAAAACGUGCACGUCUGCCUCAGCUGAAGAGGCUGCAGUCAGAGCCAUGGGGGCUCAUAGCACCCUCUGUGUUAGCUGCUGCUGCUGCUGCUCAGGAGGAGAGUAAGAAAGCCAGCUGUGAGGAAGUGGUUUCAGGAAUAAAUGGACUGUCCCUGAGCAAGAGGCCGGUUUUAUCUCGACACAACAGUGUGGAUGGGAAAGACAGUAUGUUUCCUAUAAUGGGGGAGCAACCACGUAAAAUGAGCACAUCCCUGUCAGUGCCCCCCACAUCAAAAACCUCAUAUGAGCGCUGUGUGAGCCAGCACCAGCCCCUGGCCCGCCGCAGCACCGUGCCCUCAGAACAGGAUGUGCCCAGGAGGAGAGUGGGGAAUGAGCACUACGACUCAGACUCACAGCUGUAUUCUGAUUCUGUCUCAGACUCUCCCAAAGUCCCACUGGAGAGGAGAAAACUCAAUACCUCUCCUCUGGCACUGCUCACUAGCUCCAGAGAGUCUUUGGACAGCAACAGCAGCACAUCAUCUCCCAGCACGGCUCGUAGACGAGCUCCCGGCCUGCUGGAGCGCCGGGGCUCAGGCACUCUGCUCCUGGACCACAUCUCACACACUCGGCCCGGACAGCUGCCUCCCCUCAAUGUCAACCCAAACCCCCCUAUUCCAGACAUAGGAGUCAGUAGCAAGCCCUCCUCUCCUCUGGCCUCAGGCAUCAGAUCCAUAGCUCCAGUAGCACCCAACACACCAAAGAGAGGCGGCCUAGUGUCCAAGAAGAAGCUGGUGAGAAGGCACUCUAUGCAAGUGGAGCAGAUGAAGCAGCUCUCAGAUUUUGAAGAGUUGGUGGCCCAGCCAGUGGUGGAGAUGGACGGAGAUGAGAUGACCCGUAUCAUCUGGGAGUUCAUCAAGGAAAAGCUGAUCUUGUCCAACGUGGACGUGGAGCUGAAGUACUAUGACCUGGGCCUGCCGUACCGGGACCAGACUGACGACCAGGUCACCAUUGACUCUGCCCUAGCCACAAAGAAGUACCACGUUGCGGUUAAAUGUGCCACCAUCACACCAGACGAAGCUCGAGUGGAAGAGUUCAACCUAAAGAAAAUGUGGAAAAGCCCAAAUGGUACCAUCAGAAACAUUCUUGGUGGGACAGUGUUUAGAGAGCCAAUCAUCUGCAAGAACAUUCCCCGGCUGGUUCCCGGCUGGACACAGGCCAUCACCAUUGGCAGACACGCCUUUGGAGACCAGUACAGAGCCACAGACUUUGUUGUGAACCAGCCAGGAAAGUUCAAGAUCAUCUUCUCCCCCAGUGACGGCAGCGCUCCCUCAGAGUGGGAGGUGUACGAUUUCCCCGCUGGAGGCUGUGGCAUGGGCAUGUACAACACUGACGAGUCCAUCACAGGCUUCGCUCACAGCUGUUUCCAGUAUGCCAUCUCCAAGAAGUGGCCCCUGUACAUGAGCACAAAGAACACCAUCCUCAAAGCCUACGAUGGCCGCUUCAAGGACAUCUUCCAGGACAUUUUUGAGAAGCAUUACAAGCCAGAGUUUGAUAAGCUGAAGAUCUGGUACGAGCACAGACUGAUCGAUGACAUGGUCGCCCAGGUGCUGAAGUCGUCUGGAGCCUUUGUAUGGGCCUGUAAGAACUACGACGGAGAUGUGCAGUCUGAUAUCCUCGCACAGGGCUUUGGCUCUCUGGGACUCAUGACUUCUGUUCUGGUGUGUCCCGAUGGAAAGACCAUUGAGGCAGAGGCGGCUCACGGCACAGUGACCAGACACUACCGCGAGCACCAGAAGGGAAGACCCACCAGCACUAACCCCAUCGCCAGUAUCUUCGCCUGGACUCGAGGCCUGGAGCAUCGCGGCAAACUUGAUGGCAACCCUGACCUUAUAAAGUUCUCUCAGACACUAGAGAGGGUGUGUGUGGAGACUGUGGAGAGCGGGACAAUGACAAAGGACCUUGCUGGCUGCAUCCAUGGCCUUUCCAACGUCAAGUUGAAUGAGCACUAUGUUAACACCACCGACUUUCUGGACGCCAUCAAAACAAACCUGGAUAAGGCCCUUGGAAAAUGAAGAUAGUAUUCAUGGCCCCUACUUGCUUUUGUACCUCAUUUCUAACCUAAAGGUCAAAAAAAGACGUUUAACUGAAGGAAGCUAUACAUUGUAGGAUUUAUAGGCUCUUAGAGCUGUCAAUCACUUGCCUCCCUCACUGUCCAUUAUUUCAAGGUUGUAUUUUUGUAAUGUGAGAACUGUAAUAUACUGUUACACCUUGGGAACGAAGUCCACAACAAUAAAUCUGGUUUGACCACA